GCCGGGACAGAGGAGUGGGCCGGGACCGGCCGGGCCAGACCAGACUGGACCCCAGGGGCGAUGCGGCUGCUGCCCCUGCUGCGGACUGUCCUCUGGGCCGCGCUGCUCGGCUCGCGCCUGCGGGGGUGCUCCAGCCUCCGCCACCCUAUCUACUGGAACUCCUCUAACCCCAGGCUGCUUCGUGGGGAUGCUGUGGUGGAGCUGAGCCUCAAUGAUUACCUAGACAUCUUCUGCCCACACUAUGAAAGACCAGGGCCCCCAGAGGGCCCUGAAACCUUCACUUUAUACAUGGUGGACUGGUCAGGCUACGAGGCCUGCAAGGUAGAGGGGGCAAAUGCCUUCCAGCGCUGGAAGUGCUCACUGCCUUUUGCCCCUUUUGCCCCUGUGCGAUUCUCAGAAAAGAUUCAGCACUUCACACCCUUCCCCCUGGGCUUCGAGUUCUUGCCUGGAGAGACUUAUUACUACAUCUCGGUGCCAGCUCCGGAGAGUUCUGGCCGAUGCUUGAGGCUGCAGGUGUCUGUCUGCUGCAAGGAGAGCAGGUCGGAGUCAGCCCAUCCUGUUGGGAGCCCUGGAGAAAGUGGCACGUCUGGGUGGCGAGGAGGACAUGCCCCCAGCCCCUUGUCUCUCUUGCUGCUGCUGCUGCUCCCAAUACUUCGUCUUUUGCGAGUUCUGUGAGCCAAGUCACCCCAAGAAACCAGAGCCCUCCCCAAGAUCCUUUGUGGAAGGGGUUUCUGCCACCGUACCCGAGAUGCCAGGCAGACAUGAGAAAGCUUUUAUGUGCGAAGUCAGAGGACCUGAGGUGACUCUUGUAGGUGACUGCCCUUCUCACCACAGGCUGAAGAGGAACUUCAGGGUUGCUUCAGACAGGCCAGGGCUCUCUGAAGCACGGCUGCUUUGAUGGUUCGUCCCCUGGAAGACUGGGACUUGAGCUGCUGAGGGGCAAAGCCAAAGACCUGGGAACAGGUGGGUUCCUGGCCAAGAGCAAAGGAGAAGCCAUGCCAUCUGUGCCCUCUCAGCCUCUUCCCAGGGGCAAGAGUUGCCCUUUCAGGUGCUGCUCAUUUGUCUUCUGUGAAGACGGACUUGCCAUGAGGUUAUAUUUCAUGCUGGUUUGUAUUUUUUUAUAAGUGUUUGGACCAAAACUUCAAUAAAUCACCCAUUCUAGUGGGGAGUGGUGGCUCACACCUGUAAUCCCAGCACUGGGGGGUGGGUUGGGGUUGGGGGCAGUGAGCAGGAAGUCAGCAUGUGUAUGGGCAACCUGUCUGAAAAAUAAAUAAAUAAAACAAGGAGGCCAGUGAAAAGGCUCAGCAGGUGAAAGUACUUGUCAUGAAGCCUUGGUCCCUAGAACCUACGUGGUGGAAAGAGAGAGCACACUCUUGAAAGUUGUUCUUUGAACAUGCCAUGUGGCAUGUCGAUGACUAUGCCACACAAGUGCCAACACACACACAAAAAUAAUAAACCUACAUUAAAAACCA